AUGCUCUUUCGCGGCGCGACAGCUACCGUCACCAGAGCGAUGGUCGUGAACGGUGCACAGUUGGGCACUUACGCACAGGCUCGAGAAGUCCUCCUGCCUUACAUGGGGGAAAGUAUCUUUCUUCAUUUUGUGGCGUCAUUCAUUUCGGGACUCGUUACAACUUCUGCAUCGUUGCCCGUCGAUAUCGUGAAAACGAGGGUACAAAACUCAGCAAAAGGAACGAGCCAAAUAGCAGUCUUGAAAAACAUAAUACAAAGUGAAGGCGUGUUCGCGCUAUGGAGCGGCUUCAUACCAACUUACACCAAAAUUGGUCCACUCACUGUUCUUAUUUUCAUAUUCUUAGAACAACUUAAUGCUAUGUAUUAUAGAUGGACGGAU